GAUCUGUUUGGAAUUGAAUCUAUAGCCUUUGUAGUUAAUUAAAAAAAACAUCAGCCAUUGUGAAAAAGUGAAGGAAAAAAGGUGAACAUUUAUGUCAAAAUUUUCAAGGCUGUUUUGUGAUGAUUUUAAUUAAUAUAAACGUAAAAAGUAUUCUAACAAAACUUAUGUUUUGACGUCAGGUUAGAUUUUGUGUUUUGUUAUACAGGAGAAAAAUAGUAGGUAGUGUUAUAGUGAAAGGUUCAAAACAAAGAAUUAUUAUUGUUGAUAACAUGGGUUAUUAUUGCACUGUUCCACAAUGCACUUCGUUGGCCGGCAAGACGAAGAACGUGAAAUUCCACCGAUUUCCCCGCGACGAUGCAAUGGCUCUGAAAUGGAAUGUUAUUUUAAAACGAAUGAAACCAAUAACAAAAUAUUCUAAGGUGUGCAGUUUACAUUUUACUCAAGCGGAUUACAAUGUCACUACAAUGGGUAAGAAUAAAGGUCAAUGGAAGACGUUGAGCAAAGACGCAGUACCCACACAGAAUUUACCAAAACUAAAUCCAGAUGGCACAGUUAUGGUUAUUCGUAAGAGUCGGACAAGUGUUAAAUAUAAAGGCGAUAAGAAGGAUGAGAACAGCCAAUGUCACCAAGAAUACUACUCUAUUGAAACAGAGAAGUUGUCAAUGGGAAGUCAAACUGUGAAGACAGAAUUGAUGAGCCCAGACCCAAAUACAGAACCACAAAGAGCAAUUGCACCACAAUCGUCUAUAUUAGCCAGCCGCCUGCAAGGUUUAAAUUCUCCUGAGAAACCAAAAACACAAGAUGCAAUAAUGCAAACGGAUCCCUUAACAGAUGACGAAAGUCCCAUCAAAUAUGAAUCACCCAAAUAUGUGUAUCCAGACGACUAUUUAAAAAACAAAGAGUAUUUACCACAGACAACAGAGGAAUAUAAUAAAGAAGCAGAAAAAUAUGCGUUGGAGAGAAAGAGCAGUACGUUUGACAGUUUUCAGAAAACUGUAGAUUUUUCAAAAGAGAAAAGUCAGGAAAGUUUUGGGAAGGAUGUCUUUCAGAAGAUGGAUUAUGACCUCUAUUAUCAGGAUAGUGCUGAGAUGUUGAGGAAUCAACAACAAAAUAUACAGAUGUUACAGGAACAACAUAGAAUGAAUGAAAAUCAGAAUUUCUUCGACGAGAAUCAUAUAAAGCAAGAAGUGGAGGUGUAUACAGAGGAAGACAAAUUCUUUGAAGGCAAGGAGAGAGCUGAAGACCCAUUAUACGAGAAUCAAAGCAUUAUGCAACAGACAGAAGAAGAAGUCAAACAGGAACCGGAAAAUAGUAAUAACAAUGGCAGCGAAACAGUAAUGCAGUCUCAGCAAUUUUUCACCACACAUGAUCAGAUACCAGAUCCAUUGUACAUAAGUCGACCAGGGCCUGAGUUGUUGAUCGCGAAGCAGAACGCUUUAGCGGCGCACGCACAGUUAUGGCAAAACACAAAGAAGCGACCAUUCUUCUACAGUGACAACAAUCAGUGUACCACUACACCACUAAUGCAUCGGUAUGAGGAUUUAUCGCGAAUCCUUCAGUGAAAGUCAUUCCUCGGAAUUUGUCUGACUGAUUUGGUUUCCUUUCUUCAAAUUGUACAGCAUUCCACCAUCUUUAAUUAUACAUAUUAGGCUUUGUUUUGCACACAUUUGUAAGCGUGUAUAUACAGUGGCAAAUUUAGUUUCCGGGUCAGUUGUCUUUGGUAUGUUUUAUUUAAGGCCAAUCUUGUCAGACUUUAAUCUCUUAAGUUUUUUGUGUGAUAUACAUAGAUGAUAGUUUAAUGUAAUUAAAUGUAUGGGGAUCAAUUUUUAUACAAGGACGUAGCUAUGAUGUUUAUAUCAAAUAUAUAUGUAUUACGUAAAAUCAUAGUUAUGUUGCUGAAAGUUUGUAGUAUUCUUUCCAUCAUCAAGAUAAAAAUAUUACAGAACAUUUGAAAAUAAUAAUUUGUUUGUCGUUGCUACGUCCUAAAUAAAAUAUUUUUAUUUAACCGAUAUCCUAAGACAUCUUUAUUUUAUAGAAAAAGUAAUAGUAUGAACGUUGCAUUUUCUACGAUAGACGUUGACAGAUGUCAAUGUCACCGACUUGAAGGCCUAGCGAAUCUGUUAAGGGAGAACCAAAGGUGUUAGAAAUGCCAUAAACUACAGAGUCUCCCUUGCAGCUUAGCAUUAUGGUGCCAUUUUUUAUUUACAUAAAGCAUAAUAAGUCUUGUUUUAUAUAUAUGAAAUGGAAUUUUUUAAGAUAUUGUUACACGACUAGGUUCUUAUAGUAAACAAAAAUUUUAUGUGAGCCGAAAUGUAAAAUCAACAAUAUACCUAUAUUUAAUUUUACGUAUUAUUCUAAUAAAGGUAAUAAUCGUGUGACGAAUUGGAACGAAUUGGAAUUUUCUUAAUAAAAAAAAAAUGUGAUACAAAUAGGAAACACUGAGUUUUUAAAAAGUUUCAUUUCUAUUACGUGUACAGUGCUUCACGGGCAAUUUUAAUAAAUAUAUAGUUACCAGUUAGAUUCUUAUUGCAUUUUUUAUGCUGGCAUCAUUUUUGACUUAGCAUUUUUCGGUUGUGUGAGAUGGCAAUAUUUAUAGCUUUUUUUUACAAAAAUGCUGUAUCAUAAAUGAUGCGUCUUAUGGAAGAGUACACCUGGGCGGUGAUAUAUCGAAUUUAAGAAUAAUGUAUAAAUUUAGAUUAAGUAUUGUCACAAGAAUGAACUAAAUUUUUUAAAUCUUGCCAAAGUUUUAGACCACAUGUAAAUAUGAAAAAUUAAUAUAUUUUAAGUUAUUUUUUUGGCGUAUUUGGAGUUGAUAUUUUUUUUGGUGCUGUUAUUUUAUAUAUUUUAUAAUCGAGUACAAUUGUGAACGCACAUAUUUUGCAAGUUUUCUGUUUUUAAAACAUUUUAUUUUUUAUUUUUAUUGAAAGUUCUCUUAAUAAAAAGAUGCGACGCGGGCUUAAAAUCAUUCUGAAUUGUUAAAGAUUAGAUCAAUUGUAGAUCGGCGUUGAAAGAGAUUAGUUUAAAUCAACUUCAUCAAAUUAUUCUUGACUUGUGUACUAAUCCGUCAAAUAUAUAGCUUUUACUUUACUGUCUAGAUACUAUAGAUAAUUUUGAAUAUAUUUUCAGUAUGAAAAAUCAAUGAUUAAAAAUCCACAGACCAAAGCUAAUAAAUUUUACUCUAUGUAUAAAAGAUUGCAAGAAAAAGGGAUUUUUUGCUUGCGUCGUGUGGGAACUAAAUGUUUUUUUUUUUGUUAUAAUUUAUUAUUUGGUAGCUUAUAAAGUAAAAUUCUGUUUAUAUAUACUCUGGAUUUACUGAUUAUAAUAUUUAUAUAAAUGGAUAAUAUGCGAAUUAUCUGUGAAUAUUUGUAAAGUUACCAGCUGUCAAUUUUUAAAGGACAGGACAUCCCGGAUUUGACAUCUUCAUAUUUCCAACUUACGAUUUUUAAAAUUUAAUUUUAAUAACAUAUUUGUUUUGUUUUAAAUAUUUCGAACGAGAAUUUUUAGGCGCGAACUGCAUUCUCGGUGUUCCAAUCACUUAUUGUCAUUUAUUUGACAUUUACCUUUGUGUCAACUGUCAAUAGUCUCUGGUAGCAUAGUAGAGUUCUUGUUUGUUAUAAAUGGGAUUCGAAACAACGUGUGAGUAUUUGUUUGGUAUCUCUCAUCGAUUUUACGUAAUGUUAAGUGUGCUGAAAACAGAAUUGGUUUGACUUUAUGCUAUUUACCCGGACACAAAUACGUAGAAAUAUUUAAUUUUAAGUUGGUUAUAUGAAGAGUACAAUAUUUAUCAAAGAAAAUUAUUUUAUGAACUUGUAGUUUAAGAUAGUUAAGAUGUUACGCGCUAGAAUUUUUUGUUUACAUAUUUUUUACGUCAGUGGCCAUUUGAAAUAAAUAAUUUGAAAAUCA